CUCUCCACAUUCAGGAAAAAAAAAGCAGCACAAACAAGAGCGAACAUGUCCAAUACCGACAGACGGGGGCAUGGGCAGUAUCGGGGAGACGUAAAGAGAGGCGGAAGGGGAGCAUUCAGCGCAGCAAGAGGCCGGGGCCGCGGUCGGGGAUUUCGCGGGGGUCCCAGAGUUGGGAGAAAGGGGCGCAGCGAGGACGACUCCGAAGGGUCACCGGCGCAAGGCGGAGGCGGCGUGAACCAGCUCAAGGCGGCGUUGAGACAGACGAAGCGACUCUUGGCCAGAGACAAUGUCGAGCCCGGCAAGAGGCAAGAGGCGGAGAGACGGCUCAUUGCCAUUGAACAAGAUAUCGAGGCUAAGCAGACGCAGAGCGUUGAACGCAACAAUGCAAAGAGGUACCACAAGAUCCGUUUCUUUGAGAGGCAGAAGCUCGUCAGACGAAUCAAGAAACUGAAGAAGUCACUCGCGGAGGACGGCGAAGAGGAAAAUGAGACCAGAGAGAAAGAGCUUCAAGAGGCCAGGGUGCUUCUCAACUACGUACUGCACUACCCAAUGUCUCACAAAUACGUCGCCCUGUUUCCAAGCACUGCCACCUCAUCGACAGACUUUGAUUUGGCCACUCUGUUUACAGUCGCCAUAGCGCAUCCGCAAACCAGCGGCGGCGAAGCGGAGCCCGCCGACGCAACCCGAAAGAAGGCUGUCGAAGUCCGGAAGCAGAUCGAACAGGAGAUGGAGGCUGGCACCAUUUCAACGGAACCAGAGGUCGAGCUCGAGAAGAGGGGACACGAACAGGACGGCCCAUCUUCAACAACGUCGUCGAAGAGGAAACGUCUCGAUUUUGAAACCACGAAACCUCAGAAAAAGAAGCAAAGAGACGACGAAGACGAGGACGUCGAGGCCGACGGUGACAAAGAUGAGGAGGACAGAGACGACUUCUUUGCAUCGGACAGCGAAGACGAGGAAUGAGAAAAACAAUAAUUGCUUUGUAGUGGUACUGUUACAGUUUGUAAUCUUAUCAUCCAUCAUGCAUUGGUAACAAAGCCCUCCAGUCUCGUCU